AUGAACCCGACUUCAAUACCGGGAGAGCCACCAGAGUCGGAAAUUAGAGAAGGGAGGGUGGCGGCUUUUGGAGAGAAGUUUAGGUUUAGAGAACCAUUGGCAGAUAUGAUGGCCAAGGAUUCUAAAUGCAGAUGGGGCAACUACUUCAGCACUAUUGGCUUCCCCGUCUUGAUCGGUUUAGAGACUGAUCCAUUGGUAGGUGCGAUGUUACUCCAUCGAUUUGCUUCGAACACGACAACAAGCAUUUCAAACAUGAUUGGUCCCAUGGAAGAAAUCAGUCUCCAUGGCCAUCCGAUUGCUUACAUUGCUCCAAGUGUCUAUCGACAUGCUCAUGCAUUAACAAUACAUUUUCUAGGUUACGCAAAUAAGAUGACAGUCUCAAUAGGGGUCGAUUCUACUGCCAUACCAAAUCCUCACAAGCUUCGUGAUGAAAUAGAUGAUUCUCUGAAAGCUAUGAAAGCCGCUCUCUUAGGAAGAGGGUUACUCUAA